CUGAUCCAGCUGGCUUGUUCUUAUGUUCUUAUCUGUUUGUGGGUACAUGGAGGUUCCCAUCACAGGACAUCCUGCAUCUUUUGGGGAUCCAUCUCAAUCCCAGCCUUGGACACUUGGUAGCCGAGGAAGUCCAGUUGGUCCUGGCAGAAUUCACACUUCAGCAGUUUAGCAAAGAGACGGUUAUCCCUUGAACACUGGAGCACCUCCCUUACUGGAGCACAAACUCUUCUGUUGUUUCAGAGUAAAUCAGCACAUUAUCCAAAUAUGCCACUGCUCCUCUGAACAAGAGAUCUUGCAGGACCUCAUUGAUUAAGUUUAUAAGAACCCCAGAAGCUCCACUGAGUCCAAGAGGCAUGAGCAAAUAUUCAAAUUGUCCAUAUUUUGUGUUAAAAGCCGUCUUCCAUCUGCCGUCCUCUCUGAUGCACACUGUGUAAUAAGCUUCUCGUAAGUCCAGCUUAGUGAACAUUUUGCCCUUUGCCAAACUCCCCAACAAGUCUUUUGUCAGCAGGAGAGCCUACUUGUGGGUUAUUGAGAUGACAUCCAGGCUCCUAUAGUCAGUGCACAGACUUAAAGUGCUGUCCUUCUUCCAGAAUAACAACAGAGCAGCUAGUGGAGAAGUAGUGGGUCAAACGAGCCCCCGGGCUAAAUUUUUAUCCGAAAAUUCUGGUAGUGCUUCAGACUGCUAGGUGCUCAUGGAAUUCAACCACCCCUUUGGAAGUUUAGCGCCUGGGACCAACUCAAUCCCACAGUCCGUUUUGCAGUGGGGAGGAAGGGUAUUACACUCCCUCUCCUCAAAAACUGGUAGUCUCUGUACUCCUGUGGAGUCUUAACUGCCUCUUCUGUAGCCAGGGUGGCCACCCAAGAGGUGCACAAUCUCUACAUCCUUCCUUGUAGCUGCCUCUGUUGCUCCCACUCAUGCAAGGGGAUGAGAAUCUUCAGAGUCCUGCACUCCAUUGUGUUGUGGGAUCAUGCUUAGUGUUGAGUGUUUGGUACCCCAGUCAAUAGCAAGACUCGAGAAUGGCUUCAGGAGCUUUAUUAGAACUGUGUCAGUACCCUAUGGCCAGGUAGCGGAGACUGAAGCCCCAGCUCCCUGGCCCCAGUAUAAACCUUGAGAUUACAGUAGGGUUGGAGUGGGAUAGCCCCCACCUUUGCAUUCCCCCCAUAUCAGCAUGAGGAAGGACAGUUGAAGACAGUUGCGGUAGAUACAUUGUUUUGGGAAUGGCUUGGCUUCUCCCCGGGAAGGGGCGAUUAGGGAGAGUCGGUGGACUCCUUUCACUACAUUACUGCAGUAACAAAAGGCAGGGCCUCGGGCAAUGCUAAUGCGAGUCCAGCUGCAGCCAGACAUGCCCGGGCAUGUCUUGCACGUUUUGGCAGGCCCAGAAGGGUGGGGCCUGACACUUAGUCAGCCAAGUCAUGCCCAACACCCCGGGGCACUUUCCAGUUGGUAUGAUGAUGAACUGAAGCUGCUCUCACGAAGAUCCACCCCCCCACCAGCACAGUCUCUUUCACCCUGUUCACCAAAGUCAGGGAAAGCACCCUGACAAACAAUUCAUUUGUUAUCCUCCCAUUCCUUCAAGGAGCUUUGGAAUGCUGUGUAAUUGAUUCUUCCCCGUUUUAUCCUCACUACCUACAACCCCACGAGGUGGACUAGGCUAAAUUGGGCCCUUGAUUACUCAGUAAGCUUCAUGGCAGAGUGGAGACUUUAACUGAAGCCCAGUACUGUUAAUUUCUGCACCACAUUGGCUCCAAUCUAGCAGAUUAUUCCCCAUAGUUUCCAAACAGAAGCCCCUGAAAAACCUGACAGCCAGGCCGGAAGAGAUUAGGCUCCUGCCCCCUCCCCCUCCCCCUCCCCCACACAAAGGGUGCCUGCCAUUUGCUGCUCAGCCCUAAACUGUCUCCUCGGUGAAUUGAUCUUGUCCUGUUUUAAUGCCAUCAUCCCCAAACUUCACUAAUUGCCUUAUGUAAAGAUGUCUGUCCUAAAUUUGAGUUUAGUGGAUUAAUGUAGGUGAACAAGCGAUGCUUGCUUGACAGACAUGAUGAGCUCUUCUGAUGAGCUCAGAGCCAGGGUGAAGUCAUUCAGAUGGCCAGGGGGGCGAGGGGGGUGUUACACCACUUUCUUUGGAAAAGGAGCAGUUUUGUAAGCACAUCAUGUCCUCUUGUCACAAAUGUAGGUUUCAUGUUGUUACUGCUGCUGCUUGGUAACAUUAAGUGAUUUCAGCUCAGGCAACGUAGUGAGGCGCAGGAAGCCGGUGUUCUUCAAAGCAAAGUAUUUUAUUCGGAAGUGGUUGCUACAGCUCAGGCAGGGGAAUCGCACUCUCAUAACCAAGUGCAAGAACUUGUAUACACACAGAUCAAAAGGGCAGGUAAGGAGGCAGGUCCCUUGCCGUACAACAAUAAAGAAACAUCAACACAUAAAAUAAAAGAUACAAUUACAACUUUGUGAAUGAAACCAUGAGAUCUCUCUGUCAGGCAUCUUCCCGCGAGACUUUACGAUAGUGCUGAAAUGGAGAGCGGAGAAUGUUCAUUCAUAAAACUGGGUGAGCCUGUUUAACACACCCAGUAAUCUGGUUAUCAGAUGGGCUGCUUCCUUGAAUUAUGACCUGAGGCUCCCGCGCCUCAGUCCCGCAACAAAAGAAAGUUCAAAUGGUCCAAUGGUGAUCCUGGCACGUCUUUCAACGGCUGGAAUAUCUGGGGUGCCGUCUUCAGAUUCAAUUUGUAAAUCCAAAGGAGUCUUUGUUUUCGCUAAAGAGAUCUACCGGUUGUUGGCCCAAACUGAAUUCCAAGGCUAGCUUCCUUGGCCCUUAAUAUCAGCUGCUACAAGCUGCUUCUUUUUCCAACAGAUACAGAUCUAAACUAACAUUUAUAAACUUAAACAUUAGAGGGAAAUCUAAAAGAACCUCCAAUACAGUACAAGCACAUAUACAUAUAAGCAAGAGUAUCCUAAAUUAACAAUAACAAACCUUAAAUCAACUGGAGAACCCAGCUAAAGUAUAAUCCUAGACAUUGGGCAAAUAAUAAUUCCAACGCUAAGGGGCUUAUAUUAAACCUUAAAAGGGAUAACAGCAAGAAGGAAACCAUGUAAAACAUUGGCACAAUCACAUAUAUACGUCCUUUCCAGGCCCUAUGGAGACUUUUGGACAACACUGGUCUCUUUGCUCUGCUCCUUAGCCAGUGUAAGUUCAGCAAUGGGCUCAGGAAAAUAUUUUUCCUAUUUUCUUGUCGGUAACAAUGUGAACAUUCUUUUGCAGAUUAUUCAGACUCUCCUCUUCCCCGGCUGUCCUCCUGCAGGACUUUAUGUUGUUUCAGAGGCAACCUUUCAGAGGAAAUCACUGAGCCCAAAUGCCUUUUGUGUAGAAAGGGGCUCCAUCAUGCCAUUGAAUCACAUAAGUAUCCAACCAUUGGCUGAGCCGUACAUGACAUGGAGACAGUGGGUGGGAAGGUCAGAAGAAAAAAAGAUGGAACAGUGGAGGACCCCUGAAAAGCUAAUGGGGAAGGGACUGCUGACGUGUUUCACCUUCCUUGCCAUGGAAGGGGUGGUCUUGUACCUACUGUUGUUGAGCACUGCAGUGAAUGCCAUGAUGUGUCCCACAAGAUGCAUGUGCCAGAGCCUGUCUCCGUCAUUCACCAUUCUCUGCACAAAGACGGGGCUUCUCUUUGUUCCUCCGACCAUUGACAGGCAAACAGCAGAGCUCCGACUGAUGGAUAAUUUUAUCACUACGCUCCGACGGAAGGAUUUUGCCAACAUGACCAAUCUGAUUCACUUGACACUCUCCCGAAAUACCAUCAGUCAAAUUAUGCCAUAUGCAUUUUUUGAUCUUAAAGGCCUUCAUGCUUUGCACCUGGAUAGUAAUAGACUCACCUAUAUCAGUGAGGAUCAUUUCAAAGGGUUAUUCAAUCUGCGACACUUAAUUCUUAGUAACAACCAACUGAACUGUAUUUCUCCUGGCUCUUUGGAUGAUUUCAUUGACGUGAUUGAGGAUCUAGAUCUAUCUUAUAAUAAUAUUGUUAAAGUUCCUUGGGAAACUAUUGGAAGGCUCUCCAAUGUCAAUACCAUCAGCUUAGAUCAUAACCUUAUAGAUUUUGUACCUGAAGGGAUUUUCUCAAACCUUCAUAAAUUGGCUCGGUUAGACAUGACAUCCAACAAGUUAAAAAAGAUUCCCCCAGACCCGCUCUUUUCACGAAUCCCUGUCUACGCCAAACCAAAGGGGUCUCCCUUGUCCUCUUUGGUGCUGAGUUUUGGUGGGAACCCCCUGCACUGCAAUUGUGAACUUGUGUGGCUGAGGCGCCUUACCAGGGAGGAUGACCUGGAAACAUGUGCCUCUCCGCCAGAACUGAUGGGGAAGUACUUUUGGUCCAUUAAAGAGGAAGAAUUUGCCUGUGAGCCUCCAAUGAUAACACACAGAGCCCCAAAGCAGGUUGUCAUGGAAGGGCAGAGUGUUUCUUUGAAGUGCAAAGCUGUUGGUGACCCAGAGCCGUACGUUCGCUGGAUUUCACCUGGUGGGAAGCUGGUGUCCAACACUUCCCGAAUAAUUUCCUAUGAGAAUGGCACCCUGGAUAUUUUGGAGACAUCUUCGGAGGAAAAGGGCAUAUUUACUUGCAUAGCAUCUAAUGCUGCAGGAGAGUCCACUGCGCCAGUUGAACUUAUGGUUAAUUCAUACCCUUACCUUGCAAACAGCACCAGCUUUGAUAAAGAGCCAGAGCCUGGACCAUCAGACAUCUUGAUCUCAGCCAAGUCUAGCUUCUCCAAUGAAACCAAAUCUUUCCCAGAGAGGAAGGUUGUCAUAACUGAGCUGACCUCCUCCUCUGCUCUCAUUCAGUGGCCUUCCCAGCACCACAUCCCAGGAAUACGAAUGUUCCAGAUCCAGUAUAAUAGCUCAGUUGAUGACAUCCUGGUGUACAGGAUGAUUCCGGCGGCCAGCAAAUCCUUCUUCCUGACUGACCUGUUUGCUGGGCGUGACUAUGAUCUUUGUGUUCUGGCUGUUCAUGAGGAUGGUGUGACGUCUCUGACAGCAACCACAGUGGUUGGAUGUGUGCAGUUCACCACAGAGGAGGGAUUCAGACAGUGCCGAUCUCUCCAUGCCCAGUUCCUGGGAGGAACGAUGAUUAUCAUCAUUGGCGGCAUCAUUGUGGCCUCAGUUCUUGUUUUCAUCUUCAUCCUCCUGAUGAAGUAUAAAGUUUAUGCCAGCCAUCACAAAAAGGAAAACACAAAAGUGAACAAUGUCUGUUCUCAGACCACUGGCAGCCAGAGGGGCUCUAUCGCUUAUUCCACCUCUAAACUGGCAGAGGGGCACAUAGGUCUACAUCAGGAAUGCCUAUCAAAGUGAGAGACUGAGACUGCAAAAAAGCACACUCUCACUUUAAGAAAUGAAGCAUUGUUUCAGUAGCCACUUUAGAGGUUAUUGACUGCCAGGUUGUGCAAAGCAACUUAUGUGGUUGUAUUUUAUGCUUCACUACUAUUGUCUAUUUUUAAGAUCAGAUGGUUUGAAAUAUUUUUUUAAUCUGUAAAUUUUCUUGCAUUCUUACCUAUUUUUGUUGCACUAUAUUAAAUAUAAAGUGUGUGAUUUC